AUGUCUUCUUCACUUGAUCAGUUGAAGGCUUGCGGGACGACCGUCGUCAGCGAUAGCGGUGAUUUCGCUUCAAUUGCCAAGUACAAGCCGCAAGAUGCUACUACGAAUCCGAGUCUUAUUCUCGCCGCAAGCAAGAAAGAAGAGUAUGCCAAAUUGAUGGAUGUGGCUGUUGAUUAUGGCAAGGAUAAAGGCAGCUCGAUGGAUGAAAAGGUCGAUGCUACCUUAGACCGCCUCCUCGUGGAAUUUGGGAAAGAAAUUCUCCAAAUCGUUCCGGGAAAGGUGUCAACAGAAGUUGAUGCCCGCUUCUCCUUUGACAUCGAAGGAUCAGUCAAAAAAGCUCUCCAUAUCCUUGAUCUGUACCAAUCGAUUGGCAUAGAUAAAUCCAGGGUUCUCAUAAAGUUGGCCAGCACCUGGGAAGGUGUCAAGGCUUGCGAUAUUCUCCAGUCUAAACAUGGUGUCAAUUGCAAUAUGACGCUGAUGUUCUCCAUGCCUCAAGCCAUUGCGGCCGCGGAAGCCGGUGCCUUCUUAAUCUCUCCUUUUGUGGGUCGAAUCCUCGACUGGUAUAAGGCUGCGCAUAAGAAAGAGUAUGCUGCACAGGAAGAUCCAGGUGUACAUUCCGUGCAGCAAAUCUUCAACUACUACAAGAAAUUCGGAUACAAGACGGUAGUGAUGGGCGCAAGCUUCAGAAAUCUCGGCGAAAUCACAGAAUUGGCCGGCUGCGACUAUCUCACAAUUGCACCUAAUCUCCUCGAAGAUCUCUUCAACAAGCAAGAUUCGGUGCCCAAGAAGCUCGAUGCUGCCAAUGCUUCUUCGCUAGAUAUCGAGAAGAAGUCUUACAUCAGUAACGAAGAGAAAUUCCGCUUUGAUUUCAACGAAGAAGCAAUGGCUGUUGAAAAGCUCCGUGAAGGCAUCAGCAAAUUUGCGGCUGACGCAAUUACACUCAAGGGUAUUUUGGCAGAGAAAAUCAAAAAGGCAUGA